AAUUCCUCUGGAAGAAUAUCUUAAUUAGAGAUAUAUGCAUUUUUUUAAAGUUCAGGUUAAGUCCUUCGCCUGGUCACCUACUGAUGAACACUUAGCUUACAUUUCACCAUUGUUUAGACACUUAUACCAAAACUGAAACAUACAGCACAUUUAAGAAUUUGUUAAACUGUAAGAAGGGUGCCCCAUUGUGGAGCAACUAGGAGAUCCAGAGACACCCCACUCCAUUUGAAGACUGCACUGUUGUUCCUAAUAUAUGCCCAAGGGCGAUGUACUGAUUAAUCUGGGCGAGGGAGAUACUGUAUGUAUUCCAGGGAAAGAAAGACAAUACUGUAAUGAGUAAUUCAAAGGAACCAGGAACAGCAUCCAGAAUCCCUGUUAUGAAGAGUGGGGGUGGGGUUUCGUACUCGUCUGGUGAGACCGGUUGGUCUUUACCAAGUACCUGGUGGGAGAGUCACACUAGCAUGCUAGAGUGACUUGUCACAUCUCCAGACAGAAAGCUCCCUUGUGGACGUAUCCUCCGUCGCUGACAUAAGCUUUCAGCAGCUUGGUGAAUCAUGCCAUGGAAUCUGGCCCAGUGUGAAGAGCCUCGCUAUUGGAUCAGCCCGGCCUUAGGCAGGAGACGGGGCUAUCUCCCACCCGCCUAUAACGCUCACACACGCACUACUAACACUCAAACGCAACAGCGGCCCAGUGACAGACAGCUGCCAGCACUAGUGACUCGUGACCUGGCCUUCGCCACCACCUCUCAGCGGGAGACACGGGAAAACUGCGUGGAGGAAAUCAUGGUGACAGCGGAGAAUCCCUUUGCUCAGCCAGCAGCCUGCAAACACACGGGGACCGCGGGCGGCUGCCUAAAGCCCAGGGACCCGCGCCGCGGCCUGCGCCGCUACCUGCUGCUGAAAUACCUGCAGGUGCUGGUCUUGCCGGAGGCGAGCGAGCUGGUGCUCCUGGUGGGGACGUUGGCCAGCGCGCACGCGGCCCUGCUCCUCAGCUCCCCCCGCAUCUCUUGGAAGGCCUCCAACGUGCUACUGGGCCAGCUGGUCCUGACCGACGUGCUCUUGCCACUGCGCUGGGGCCUGGAGGCUCUGGGGGUGUGGUGGGGUGACGAGGUGGCCGGGGCGCUGGUGCAGGGGCUGCUGGGAGCCCAGCGCCAAGCCAGCUCGCUGCUCCUCAGCUGCCUGAGCCUGGAGGUGGUGUUGAUGAGGUGGUGGGCGGAGGAGACGCGGCGGCUGCGCACGGUCCACCACGCCCGCAUGCUGAGCGGCGCCGUCUGGGCGCUGACCCUGGGGAAGUUGCUGCUGGUCCAGGCCGUCGGCCACAGCCCGCUCCCAGUCCAGGGACCCGCACUGAAGGCUUGCCUGCUGGCUGUAUCAGUGCUGCGCAGUUUCACCCGCUGCCUCAAGGGGGCGUUGUGGCUGGCUGACACAUGGGUCUAUUACACGAUCUUCUGCAACAGCACCCAAUGCAGAAAGAGCUGCCUUCGCUAGCGCCAUCAGGCUCACGCUAACAGGUACUCUGUGAGACGUCCCCCAGCUGUUCCUCUCCCCUUCCUCUCUUCAAAAGAAUUACCUCCGUUUAAUUCUUUAAUUUAAUUAUGUCCAUUAUUAUCAGUUGGCUGACUCUCUGUUCUUAGCAUUUCCCAGCGGGUGAACGUCCGUUUAAAAUGAACGUGAGUUUGACGGAGAGCUGCGCAGUCAUUCCCUUUGCACUCCAUUGACUGCUUUCAGAACGUGGCAGAUUUUUGUUUAUUUUUCCAUUUUUUAAAAAUUCCUUUUCUGUCCCUUUCAAGGGUGUACCCCUUCCAUGCUCCCUGUAGCGCCUGGUAUAGGAUCCAGUGUCCCCCCCCCCCACCUCUCCACGACCUUGGCCAGGAUGAUUGUUUGAAAAAUGAAGGGAUGGAUGGUUAAUUUUCCCAGAUAUAUCAAUUCAUCUUCAGCCAUCCAAAGCAACACUGUCAUAGCCGUGAGGAACCAAGUCAUUACAGGCAGAGUAUGGUGUCCUUAUUGCUCAAUGCAGGGUGUCUCCAGUAUCACAUGCUUUUUCUGGCAUGACUCACCUCGGCCGGCAUCGCAAUUAGCUGGCUGCACUUCUGCAAGAACCCACUGCGGAAUGGCACUGCACAACAACACACCAGCCACUGGUGCUAAACCAGUGACACAGAGCUGGCCUGAGGCUUCUACUUGAACUACCGUGGCACUGACAAAUGAACUGACACUGUUGAUGAAAAUACAGUGACUAUUUUUCCUAUUUAUUGUUCCUGGUAUAUAUUUAUCUAAAUAAUAAUACAUACAUUUAUUGUCUAACAAUACCCUCUAUUAAUUGCUUUGUAAAUAUAUUAAUGAACUGUGAGUUGAUAUAUUAAUGAACUGUGAAUCUGUCUGUAAUGGUCAAGGCAGAGGACUGUGUUUUUCAGACUGGUCCUUGGGGACCUCGAUUCGGUACAUGUUUUUGCUCCCUCCCAGCUCCCUGCCUACCAGGAACUGAGAGGGAGCAAAAAUGAUGACUGUGUGUGGGCCCCUAAAGAGUGGUUUGAGAAACACUGGUGGAGAAUAACCUCUAUUUACUGCUCUGUGUGAACCACGGUUAGCUUUUGCCAUCGGGAUGUGACACUCCGUGAUGUGACGCUCCGUGAUGUGACGCUCCGUGAGAUGACGCUCCGUGAUGUGACCGGAGCUUAUCUGAACAGUCACCACAGUGGAUAAGCUGACUGUGACUCGAUCCACUUUGUUUUGUGUUGUCUGGAAGCAAGGCAACAGAUAAGUCACUUUCCACUGGUAUUAUUCUUGUUGUUUAGCUUGUUUUUGAUAGAUCACCAUGAAUACAUAGUCUCGAGUGCUCACUGAA